AUGGGCAGCAGGAUCUGGAAAACACGCAUCGACAAGGUCAACGCCGAGUUGGUAACGCUGACGUACGGCACCAUCGUCUCGCAGCUAUGUCGGGACUUUGAGAGCGACUACGCCGAGGUGAACAAGCAGUUGGAUAAGAUGGGCUACAACAUUGGCUUGCGCCUCAUCGAAGACUACCUCGCCAAAUCAAACACGAUGAAACGGUGUGCCAACUUUCGCGAGACGGCCGACAUGAUAGCACGGAUCGGUUUCAAGAUAUUCCUCAACAUCACCCCCCAAGUGACCAACUGGACGAGCGACAAUAACCAAUUCUCCUUGGUCUUUGAUGAAAAUCCAUUCGCCGACUUCGUCGAGCUACCCGAUGACGGUCGCGCGCAAGACGAGCUCUGGUACUCCAACAUCCUGUGCGGCGUCUUGAGGGGAUCGCUCGAGAUGGUCCAGAUGCAGGUCGAGGCGCACUUCAUCAGCGACGUGCUGCGGGGAAAUGACACAACGGAGAUGAGAGUGUCGCUGGUGCGGUACAUUGACGACGAAUUGCCCCCGGAAGAUGACUGA